AAGUACGGAAUUCCCUAUUGAAGCAGAUUAACAGCGCCUAAAAAAAAGCAGCAGAAGAAAAAGUAGACUUCAGACAGACUGACAGCGAGAUAUGAGAAAGCUUUUGAGGACCAUAUCAGACUUGUAAAUUGUAAGGCAAAAAGGAGAAAUAUAACCAAUGAAAAUGUUCAUUCGGUAUCAUGAUAAAUGUAAUGUGAAACUAACAAGUUUUUUUUUUUUUUUUUUACAGUUAUUUUACCGAGAUGUCAAUGACUAUUGUUUGCUGGUCUAUGGAGUCGCUCCGCCCCUCAUGUUUGUCGUAAAUCUGGCGCCUGGCUACAAUAAACCUGAGAUAAGAGUGGCCAGGGCUCGCCUCCUUCUCCAAGGCGAUCAAUCGGAUCUCGGGCAUACUACAAGCACUCUCUUACGUCGACGUCCACGAGAACAGAGCUGACACAACAACACGGCUGCGCUCCACCACCAAACAUCUAUCUGCUUUCUGAACCAUGUCGCUGAGCCCAAAGCACACGACACCUUUCUCAGUGACAGAUAUUUUGAGCCCAAUUGAGGAAACUUACAAGAAGUUUAGUGGCAUGGAGAGCACUGGAAACUUCACAUCUCCUUUGGGAGCGUACCGGCAACCUCAGGUGUCCCAGACUGGCAUGCAGCAACACUCUAUGGGCCACAACGCCUCUGUGGCGACCACCUACCAUAUGCCACACUCCGUUUCCCAGUUCUCACACAGUGCAAUGGGGGGCUACUGCAAUGGCAGCAUUGCCAACAUGGGGGACCUACCCUCUUACCAAGAUACUAUGAGAAACAGCGCAGCAGCAACAGGGUGGUACGGCGCCAAUCCUGACCCGAGAUACACAACAAGUAUGAACAUGACAGGAAUGGGCGCGCUGACAGGCAUGGCCGACACCACCAAAUCCAUCCCACCUCUCCACGCAGCGCCGAGGAGGAAACGACGGGUGCUCUUCUCUCAAGCACAAGUCUACGAGCUGGAAAGGAGAUUUAAGCAACAGAAAUACCUCUCAGCGCCCGAGAGGGAACACCUGGCUAGUAUGAUACAUCUAACCCCGACGCAGGUCAAGAUCUGGUUUCAGAAUCAUCGCUACAAGAUGAAGCGGCAGGCCAAGGACAAAGCAGCGCAGCAGCUUCAACAGGAGGGCAACCUGUGUCAACAGCAGCAGUCGCCGAGGAGAGUGGCUGUCCCUGUCUUAGUGAAGGAUGGCAAGCCUUGUCAAAACGGCUCCAACACACCGACGCCAAACCAACAGCAGAUGCAGCAGCAGCAGAACGGUUCCGGAGUCGUGCUUCCUACCUCCAGUAACUCUAUGAACCAGCACCAAAGCCAGCAGGUCAACGCACUGGUCCAGGCCCAAGACCUGGAGGAAAUGUCCCCCAGUCCCCCGUCACUUCACUCGCAGAUGAACAAUAUGGGCCAGAUAGACAGUACUGUAGAUUACACAAAUAACAUGGUCACGUCGAAUUUGCUUUAUGGCAGAACGUGGUAAGAACGGGCACCUUUUCUUUCGUCCGUUUUUCCAGAAACUUUAGCGUCCUCUGAAUUAAGAACUGCGCGUGAGGCCAGAAGCAGACGGCGCUUCGCACGGGCAUCCGUGUGGCGGGUGAUCGGAUAAAAAGAGCCAGUUUUUGAGGGAAAUGUGCCACUUUUAUUUUCUGUUUCUGUGGUCACAGUUUUUAUACAAUUACCCUGCUACUCAUAAUGGACAAAAUAACAAUAGCGUCACGCUCUGUUUUGGACUUCCUUUUGUUAUCCUAGUAGAAUGUGGUCUGUUAUUAAACAAAAUUGCUGCCCCACAUCUAUGGCAAUGACAGGACACCGGAAGCAAUGUUUCAUAUUUCAGGUAUGAACUUCUAGCAGGAAAUGGAAAGGUUCCCAGAUCUCAGUAAAAUGCCUGAACGUGCGACUGAAGCGACUAUUGUAAAAAAAAAACUAAUGUAUUCAUUUAGAGAAAUGGAAAGUAGGGAAUGUAUAUUUGGCUAACAAUUAAGUUACUUGUAAUAUAAAUGUUUGAGUCUUUUCGUUGGUCAUUUAUUCUAUUCUAUUCCUUUUUUUUUUUUUUUUUUUUUUUUUGUUAAAUUAAAACAAAGACACAAAGACGAUGGCUGCUAUAGGCCUAUAUGUUUUAAACCAAUUGAACAUUAAAAAUAAAUCAAUUAAACCGCACGCCAAUGUUGGGGAAUUAAUGUGUGUAUUUAUUUUUAUUCAAAUAAUAUCUGAAAAUGCAUUUAGUAUUAAAAAGUCGGUGGAAGGAAAGUUUUCACAGAUUUUUAGAUAACUAUAUUUAGACACCAACAUAUUUUAAUGUCUGCCCUUUACUUCUAAAUUUGC